AUGGAGAGGAUCGCAGCGUUGGAGAGGGAGCUGGAGAAGGCUAGAUCCCUGGAAAGUGUGAGCACCGCCAAUUGCGCGCCAACCGCAGUUGGCCCAAGCGCAGUCGGCGCCAACAGUGGAGCGUCGGGGCGGCCGCCAUUUUGGAGCGGCCAGCCAAUACCCACAUCUAACGGAGAGGCCUUACAUAACGGGGUCGGGUCGGUGCCAUACAACGGUGACGGUGCGAGCGGUGCGGCCUGCACGCUGCCACCAUCUUCGAGUGGACCGCCAUUGCUUACUACUAGCAACUAUUUUGUGGAGCCACUGUGUGCAACAGGCACUGCGCAGCCAGCGCAUGGACUCGUGCUACCGGGCGUGAGCAUCCACAAUGCGGCAACAGCACUUGUCGGAUCCUACGCCGCGACGACGCCGAGUGGAAUCCAGGGAGCAUAUGGGCCAAGGAAGCUUCCGGACUUGCCUAUAUUUGGAGGGCAGCCCGAGGAGUGGCCGAUCUUCAGCUGUGCGUUCGUGGAGACGACCCGAGCGUACAACUGCACGGACCUGGAGAACAACCAGAGGAAAUGUCAGCGCCGUGAUGAGGCAGCCAGACGCAGCCCGGCCAGGGACCAGGAGAGGAACCGGCAGCCAGCCGUUCCCAGCAACAGCCUGGAGAGAGGAGCUCCGCGUGAAGCGGGAACGCCCAUGCAGAGGAAUUUGAGCUGCGUUGACGCCGAAGGAGGCCGUCUACUGUUCCGUAUACUGCCGGUUACGCUGUACGGAGCGGGGCGAAAGGUUGAUACGUAUGCGCUCCUAGAUGAGGGUUCCUCCGUCACGAUGAUCGAUGACGAGCUACGAAAGGAUCUUGGAGUGCAAGGAGAGCGUCGGCAGCUAAAUAUCCAAUGGUUUGGAGGUAAGGCAACCAGAGAGCCUACCAACGUGGUGAGUCGGAAGAUAAGUGGAGUUGGAAAGCCCACUCGCCAUGUAUUGAAAAACGUUUAUGCCGUUUCGAGUUUGAGUUUGCCGAUGCAGACAUUGAGCCGACGAGAUGUCCAGGGCGUGCACGGGGAUGCGCGUCUGCCGAUGAAGCCUUACAGCAACGUGGUGCCGAAGCUGCUCAUCGGCCUGGAUCACGGACAUCUGGGGUUGCCACUUAGGACGAGGCGGUUCGCUCGAGAGGGACCGUAUGCGGCCGCAACCGAGCUGGGCUGGGUUGUGUUUGGGCCUGUAAGUGGGCAACCGACCACGCCGUCACCGAGGUCCUGCCUACUUGCCGUGUCAGUGGAUGACGCGAUGGAAAAGAUGGUGGAGGACUACUUCGACAUGGAGAACUUUGGAGUGAAGCCCGCGCCGCCGGUCGCAGCCAGCGACGAUGUUCGGGCCCAAAGGAUACUCGAAGACACCACGGUGAAAGUGGGGCGUCGCUACCAGACGGGAUUACUCUGGAAGGACGACCACGUUGUGCUGCCACCGAGCUAUGAGAUGGCGUACAGGAGGCUGGUCAACGUCGAGAAGAAGAUGAAGCGCAACAAGCCGUUGGCGCAGGAAUACGAUCGGAUUAUAAAGGAUUACGUAUCUAAAGGAUACGCGAGGAGGCUGCAGCCGGAGGAGGUCGCGGUAAGGAGCGAUCGCCUAUGGUAUUUGCCACAUUUUGGUGUCGAAAACCCAAAUAAGCCCGGCAAGGUACGGCUUGUGUUUGAUGCUGCAGCCAAAGUUGGAGGAACCUCGCUAAGCUCGGAGCUGGACAAAGGGCCUCAGCACUAUAAGCCUUUGCUAGCUGUGCUCUUUCAUUUCAGAGAGGGAGCCGUCGGAGUCUGCGGUGACAUCAAGGAGAUGUUCCACCAAGUGCUGAUCCGACCCGAGGAUAGAUGUUCCCAACGAUUCCUCUGGAGAGAUGGCGACGACGAGAGAGACCCGGAUGUCUAUGAGAUGAACGUAAUGACGUUUGGAGCAGCUUGUUCGCCGAGCGCUGCGCAUUACGUGAAGACUAUGAAUGCCCUGAAGUAUCGGGAUUCGGAUCCGAGAGCGGUCAAGGCCAUCACCGACUACCAUUAUGUCGAUGACUAUGUGGACAGUUUCGCUACAGAGAGCGAGGCUAUCAGCGUAUCUACCCGAGUGAAGGAGUUACACAAGGAUGCUGGAUUCGAAUUAUGCAAGUUUUCAUCCAGCUCAUCCACCGUGGAGACGGCUUUAGGACCUGGUCGAGUCAAGAGCGUCGGAUGGGGUGAGGCUGAAGAGAAGAUCCUCGGAAUGCGUUGGCAAGUAGCAACAGAUGACUUCAGAUUCAACGUGGAGUAUCAUCGAGUGCCAAGCAGCGUCCUGAGUGGAGAUCGAGUCCCUACGAAGAGGGAAUAUUUGAGCCUGGUGAUGUCAACGUUCGAUCCCCUGGGAUUCCUGUGCUGCCUCAUGGUUACAGCGAAGCUGCAGCUGCGAGAGAUUUGGAGGCAGAAGAUCCAGUGGGACGAACCACUACCGGAGGAGUUAAGCAAAGCCUUUGCGAUUUGGCGCAAAGAGAUGGACGCCGUGGGACAGUUCCGAUGUCCGCGCCAUUAUUUUGGGCGUGGAGCAGUCCUGGCCGUAGAGUUGCACGUCUUCGUGGAUGCUAGUCAGGCAGCAUUCGCGGCGGUGGCCUAUUGGAGGGUCACAUAUGAGGACGACGACGUGCAGGUGAGCUUGGUGAGUGCGAAGACGAAGUGUGCCCCAAUGAGAACGAUGACGAUCCCACGGCUGGAGCUGCAGGCAGCAGUUCUUGGAACCAGGCUGAUGAACACUGUCCAGGAGGAGCACAGUGUGGUCAUCACGGACCUGACGGUGCUGAGAUGGAUCGGCAGCACCCACCGCCGGUAUAAGCAGUUUGUUGGCAACCGAGUGGCGGAGAUUUUGGAGUCGUCGAAGGUUUCCCAAUGGAGAUGGGUGCCUACAGCCGACAAUGCGGCUGAUGAUGCGACGCGGUCGCAGAAAGGAGUCGACCAUAGCCAGGAAUCAAGGUGGCUAAGAGGACCUGCAUUUUUGAGGCAGCCAGCAGCCAGCUGGCCGGGGCCUGAGGAAGGAACUGAGCGUGUUCCAGAUGCCCCUGAUGAAGAAGAGAUGCCCAGUGAGUUUGCAUUAGUUGCGGCAGACGAUUUUGUUAUUCCGUUUCAGAGAUUCUCGAGCUUCAGUCGCCUGGUGAGGACCACAGCCUGGGUCCUACGGUUUGCGCGCUGGUGCCGCAAACAGCGAAACGAGCUCCAGGAAUACGGCCUUACUGCAGCAGAAUGUAAGGCCGCGGAGAACCUGUUGGUCAGACAGGCACAAUUGGAGUCGUUCCCCGACGAGAUGAGGUCGGCGGAAACUGGACAGGACGUCGCUAGAUCGAGCGACAUUCGAGGGUUGGUGCCCUACCUAGACGAGGACGGGAUUCUGCGAGCUUACGGCAGAAUUGAUGCCGCACUGUGCAUGCCGUACAGUGCGAGGAGGCCCGUAUUACUGUCACACAGGCACAGUCUGACAGAGCUGAUUGUGAGAGACUUCCACGCCAGGAUGAAGCAUCAAAAUGUGGAUGCUACGAUUGCGGAGAUCCGGACAAAGUUCUGGCUCACAAAAAUGAGGCGUGUGAUGCGGGGAGUCAUCUCAUCGUACAACGAGUGCAAGUUGCAGCGAGCGCGGCCGAUGCCGCCGAUAAUGGGACCCCAUCCGGAAGACAGACUGGAUGCGGGUGGAUGGCCAUUCAAAUACACAGGACUGGACUACUUUGGGCCACUGCUGGUGACUGUGUCCCGUCACAAGGAGAAGCGUUGGGUCGCCUUGUUUACGUGUUUGACGACAAGGGCGAUUCACCUGGAGCUGGCGCAUGACCUGUCGACGGAUUCCUGCAUAAUUGCGAUCAGAAACUUCGUCUGCCGUAGAGGGCCAGUAUAUAGACUGCGCAGCGAUAACGGCAAGAACUUCGUGGGAGCUGACAGGGAAGCCAGGCGCUUUGGUGACGUAUUCGAGAUGGAGAAGCUUCAGAGUGAGUUGUCAAGCAGAAGCAUUGAAUGGGUUUUUAAUUGUCCAGCGAACCCGUCUGAGGGCGGAGUUUGGGAGCGCAUGGUGCAGUGCGUCAAGAGAGUACUGCGUCAUACCCUGAAGGAAGUUGCGCCGAAGGACCAUGUAUUGGAGAGUUUCCUGAUUGAGGCGGAGAAUAUUGUAAACUCGCGUCCGCUCACCCACUUGCCUGUGGAUGCGGACCAGGAGGCGCCGUUGACGCCAAACGAUCUACUCAAGGGAGUAGCCAAUCUGCCGGAUACGCCUGGAUUGGAUGCGGAGCUGCCCAAGGAGGGUUUUACGAGGAAGCAGUGGAGGAUUGCUCGCCUGCUACGAGACCGUUUCUGGAGGAGGUGGGUCAUGGAGUACCUGCCUACGCUUGUGCGCCGCGAGAAGUGGUGCCGCCGAACGGAGCCCAUCCACCAGGGUGAUAUGGUCUUCGUCUGCGAUCCUGCCUUGGCCCGACGAGAGUGGCGCAAGGGCAUCGUGGAGGAGAUCUACAGCGGAGCUGAUGGAGUCGUCAGACGCGCUAAGGUGCGCGUGAACGACAACGGCCUAUCUAGGACAAUGAUGCGACUUGCAGUUUUGGAUUUGAGUGAAGCGGUUUUUCACGGGGUCCGGGAUGUCCCGGAUCGAAUAUUGUUAUCGAUAGGCUAG